AUGAUUGGAAAGAUGUUCUUUUAACUGAAAUUGAUGCCAGUGACCUGCCAGUUCGUUGGGGUGGAACAAAAGUUGGAGUUAAUGGAGAACCUGAUUGUAGUGACAUAAUUAGUCCAGGUGGGAUUGUUCCUAAAUCAUAUUACUUGCAAGAGAGUCAGAGUUUUACAAAUGAAAAUGAUGUUGAAACAUUAGAAAUAGGAUUAAAAUCUUCUGCUACAGUUGAUAUUUACAUUUCUGAAAGUGAUGCUAUUCUUCAGUGGGAAUUCAAAACUGAAAAUCAUGAUAUUGGCUUUGGUCUCUUUUAUAAGUCAAACGAACACAUGCAUCAAGAAGAACUUAUACCAAUAGAUAGAGUUAACUGUCAUCUUGUACCUGAGACUGGAUCGUGGUUUUGCGAAAAUGAAGGCAUUUAUAUGUUGAAAUUUGAUAAUACUUUCAGUUUGCUGAGAUCAAAGAAGAUUCGAUACAGGACUGAAAUAAUUCCUCCGAGUACAAAGUUAUAACAUACUGUAAAAUAAAACAUAUAAUUCCCACACAAAGUAUUUUGAUGAAAUAAUUAAUAUAUCCACCAAUUUAUUGGUAUAAUAAAAAUAUUUCUACAAUAGUCAUAACUUGUAAUUUUAUCCUCCAAAUAUUUUUACUGAUCACCAUCUCCAAAAAUUGAACAAGAAUGUAUUCUUUUUAAUGCCUGAACCAUUCACAUUGCUUUAUUUGGAGCAUAAAAUUUUAAGUAUGUUGCUAAUCUCAUUUUUAUAAAUAUUAUAUCUAUUGCCUGUAUGGUAUGGUAAUGACAAAGGAAUUAUCUGUAUAAAAAUAAUAAAUUAGCUCUUAUAUAUUAUAGCCCAAUUAAAAUCCAGUUGUUUUAUAUAGUUAAUCAAAUUAUAAAAAUAUGUAACUUGGGCUAAAGGUAGCUGGUUAAGCCACCAUUUUGUAUUCACUUUAAUAAUUAGAAAUAAAUUAUAAAUUAUCUUUUUAAUUAAUUAA